UGUCACAUGAGCAGCUCUGUUCCUCUGCAGUCUGGCCCUCAGACACACUCUCUCGCCGUGUUAAGGAUUUAAUACCCUGUAUCUAGAGAGAUUUGAGAAAUAUUCAUUAUGCCGUUUUCGGAGUUAUAUUUUAAUGUGGAUAAUGGCUAUUUGGAAGGAUUGGUGAGAGGUUUUAAGGCUGGAAUCCUCACUCAGGGUGAUUACUUGAACCUGGUUCAGUGUGAAACAUUAGAAGAUCUGAAGCUUCACCUGCAGAGCACGGAUUAUGGAAGCUUUCUGGCCAACGAAGCGUCUCCCCUCACCGUGUCUGUCAUUGAUGACAAGCUGAAGGAGAAGAUGGUGGUGGAGUUCCGCCACAUGAGGAACCAGUCAUAUGAGCCUUUGGCCAGCUUCAUGGAUUUCAUCACGUACAGCUACAUGAUUGAUAAUGUCAUCCUCCUGAUCACGGGCACGCUGCACCAGAGGGCUAUCUCAGAGCUGGUGCCUAAAUGCCACCCACUGGGCAGCUUUGAGCAGAUGGAGGCAGUCAAUAUUGCCCAGACCCCUGCUGAGCUUUACAAUGCCAUCCUGGUUGAUACACCACUGGCUGCUUUCUUCCAGGAUUGCAUCUCCGAGCAGGAUCUUGAUGAGAUGAACAUCGAGAUCAUCCGUAACACCCUGUACAAGGCUUAUCUUGAGGCCUUUUAUAAGUUCUGCACCAAUCUAGGUGGGACCACAGCAGACACAAUGUGCCCUAUUCUGGAAUUUGAAGCAGACCGGAGAGCCUUUAUCAUCACCAUCAACUCAUUUGGGACGGAGUUGUCUAAAGAGGACCGGGCUAAACUCUUCCCUCACUGUGGAAAGCUUUACCCAGAAGGCUUAGCACAGCUGGCACGCGCUGAUGACUAUGAGCAGGUCAAAGCGGUUGCUGACUACUAUCCUGAAUACAAGCUUCUGUUUGAGGGUGCUGGGAGUAACCCAGGAGAUAAAACGCUGGAGGAUCGCUUCUUUGAGCACGAGGUGAAGCUGAACAAACUGGCCUUCCUUAACCAGUUCCACUUCAGUGUGUUCUACGCGUAUGUGAAGCUGAAGGAGCAGGAAUGCCGCAACAUCGUGUGGAUUGCAGAGUGUAUCGCGCAGAGACACCGCGCCAAGAUCGACAACUAUAUCCCCAUUUUCUAAUCUUCAACCCGCUCAUUAACUCUUGUCUCAAAUUGUCAUUCACACCCUGUUAUUUAUAAGUGCUGUAUAUUUUGAAUCAUUUCUAUAAUAUCUAAUGAUGUAUGUUUGUGUAGAAGUGCAGCUUUCAGGCAACAGCUUUCUCUGGUUGAGAUUGAACGCGUUUACAGCCUGCCUUGGAGAGAAUCGUCCUUGGUGGUGGUUCUUGGUUCGGUUAAAGUGUUAAACACUUUACUCUGGUACUUGGGGAUCAAAGUAGAAUUGAUCACGCAUCACACCGAUGUUAUGUUGGAGUUGCCAUGUUUAAUGUCUGUAUUGUUUGACAUCCUGGUACUGCACUCAUACGCAACAGAUUUUUCCUUGUAAAUCAGCUGAGCUACUGUUUGUCUUUUAUUUUAAUGCAUUAAUAUACAGAUGGGCUGAAGGUCUUGAGUACUGAUUCGUGGAACAUCACUAUGGGUAAAGCAAAAGAGCGUAAUUGGACAUUUUACUGACUUGAGGAUUAUGAGCGAUUGAGUCAAACAUUCCAUGUUUUCACAUGUCUGUACAUCCAUGGCUUAUUGUACUAAAGAAUUUUAAUUUCUGAAUGUUUCCAUAUGAAACCUUGCUGUAUAGACAUGUCACUUUCUCUUUGUAAAGCGAAUUCCAGCACGAUUAUUUCUCUUGCUCUGAAUUAUCCAGUUGUUAUGAGUAUUAAGAAAGCAUUAGUUGGGGAGGGGGGGGAACAACCCCUGAACAUGAAAUUCUGUGAUAUAAACCCACAAGUGUUGCUUUAUCUUGUGUAUGAAUGCAUUACUCUGUGUUGAAGCUAAUGUGAAUUGUGCUCUUCUCUUUUUGUAAAUUAGCGUUGACUAACUUAUGGUGUAGAUCAAAUUUUAUCAACGAGAGCCACUUGUGAAAAGUCAGACCUCUGUAAGAAUAUGAUUUAAAUAUGACCUCGCGUUCAGGUAUCCCGUGCUGUAAAAAUGAGUUUCUGUAUUCCUGAUUGUGUUUGAGAGAGUUGUAUGGAAUCUGUGUUUAAAUCUGUCAUUGGAUUUCAUUAUUAAACACGUGUAUUUAA